AUGACGGUGACCGAGAGUCCGCCGCAGGCGGAUGUCGAGGAGGGCGCUGCCGCGCUCUACGAGGGGGAUGAGAACCCCGCUCGCGGAAACUGGUCCGGUCGGCUCGACUUCAUGAUGUCCACUCUCGGGUACGCCGUCGGUCUGGGAAACGUGUGGCGCUUUCCGUACCUGUGCUACCAGAACGGCGGCGGCGCCUUCCUGGUGCCCUACUUCAUCAUCCUGCUGCUGCUCGGCAUGCCCUGCUUCCUGCUCGAGCUGGUGGUCGGCCAGUUCAGCGCCAUGUCGCCCAUCGUCGGCUACAGGAACUACGCGCCCGCACUCAAAGGGAUGGGCUUCGCCAUGGUGGUUGCGAAUGCCAUCAGCACUUGCAACUUCACGAUCGUGAUCGCCUGGUGUUUGUACUACAUGUACCUGAGCAUGACGGCCGAGCUGCCCUGGCAACACUGCAACAACGACUUCAAUACACCCGCGUGCUUCAACCGUGUGGAGUACGACCGGUGUCGUACUGAGAACGGCAACAGCAGCUGGUGGGUGUACGGCCACGGCCAGUGCAUCACCAACCGCAGCCUGGCCGACCAGUUGCUGGUCAACGAGACCAUCCGACCCGAGCAGCGCGUGUCAGCUCCUGAGGAGUACCUGGAGCGGGAGGUGCUGAAGCUGAGCAGCGGUAUCGGUCACUUGGGUGACAUCCAGCUGGGCCCGGCAAUAGCCGUCCUCUGCACGUGGCUGGUGGUCUGCGCCACCCUCAGCAAGGGCAUCAAGUCCUCGGGCAAGGUGGUAUACUUUACGGUGAUCUUCCCGUACGUGGUGCUGGUGGUGCUGUUUGCGCGCGGCAUCACCCUGCCGGGCGCCAUGGACGGCGUGCGCUACUACAUGUCACCCGACUUCAGCCGGCUGGGCGACGUGCGCACCUGGGAGCUGGCCGCCUCGCAGACGCUGUUCUCGCUGAGCGCCGGCAGCGGCGGCCUCAUCACGCUGGCCAGCUACAACAGGUUCAACAACAACGUCUUCCGAGACACGCUGGUGGUCUGUAUCGGCAACAGCAUAACCUCCGUGUUCGCCGGCUUUGCCAUCUUCUCGUCGCUGGGCUUCCUGGCACACGAGCUGGGGGUACCCGUCUCAGAGGUGGUCACCAGUGGAUCAGGUCUGGCGUUCGUGGCCUACCCCGAGCUGGUGACCCACCUGCCCGUGUCGCCGCUCUGGGCCUGCCUCUUCUUCCUCAUGUGCUUCACCCUCGGCAUCGACUCGCACUUUGGCGGCGUGGAGAACGUCAUCAGCAGCAUCCUGGACGUGUUCCCUCGGCUGCGCGCCAGGAAAACCUGGGUGGUGGUGGCCGUCUGCGGAGUCCUCUUCUGCGGCUCGCUCGUCAACACCACACAAGGCGGCCGCCACGUGGUCGACCUGCUGGACUACUACAUCGCCGGCCGGCCGGUGCUGCUGUUCUGCUUCCUGGAGCUGAUCCUGCUCUACUACGUGUACGGCUUCGAGCGUCUGCUGGAGCACCUGGAGACGAUGACGGGGUACCGGCCCGGGCCGCGGCUGGCCGCCCACAUCUCCGUCCUGUACGGCACCGUGGCGCCGCUCCUGGUCGGGGUCAUCAUGGUGACCAGCUGGACCAGCUUCCGUCCAUACGAGUCGGGCGGCUACGUGUACCCCUUGUGGGCCAACGUGGUCGGCUGCUCGUUCCUGGCGCUCUGCAUCCUCCCACUGCCCAUCGGAGCCGUCUACAAUGUGGCGGUCGAGCAGAAAGGCUCACUUCUGAACCGGAUUCGCUCGUCGCUGACCCCGACUGAGGAGUGGUUCAGUCACUCCAAACGCAUUAUUAAUCGGCAGCGGCAAGCUAAUACCAAUGGAAGGCGAGACGGCGAUACUUCUACAGAGCACGAACACAAAUGAACACUCGAAUUCUUACAUCCACGACAGUGCUACUUGUUUCACUUGUCUAUUUUGCUACU